CCGCUCGCCAGCUGCGGUCAUACUGAUAUACAGAUUGCAACUUCCCAAUUUUUUUUUAUAAAAAAAACGUCCAAUGAAAAUUAAAAAACAUCUUUUCGUACCUUUAAUGCAAUAAUAUGUGCAUUUUGAAGCAUGCCGAUUCAGGCUCCCUCAUGGACAGACUUUCUGAACUGUCCCAUCUGCGGCAAUGAGUUUGCGGCCAGUCAGCGGUUCCCCAUCAGCUUGGGAUGUGGGCAUACCAUUUGCAAGCUCUGCCUGACCACCCUCUACAAUCGGCAAUGUCCCUUCGAUCAGACGCAGAUUGUCACCGACAUCGACAAUUUGCCCACUAACCAUGCUCUGCUCCAGCUGGUGGCCAAGGGUCCGGGUCCAGGUCUGGGUCCGCCCGGCAAGGACUCGGUGGAGCCUUCUGUGGACUUCUCCCAGCAUGCGCCACCCAGUGUGCAGAAGCUCGAUCCGGAGCAGCUCAAGUGCUACAAGCUCGGAAAGCAGUGCAUCGAGGAUCUGGCCCUGCACCUGAAGUCCUUCCUCAACCUCAACAACGGUAACCUGCUGACGCGACCCAUGCAGCGCAAGCUGGUGACGCUCGUCAACUGUCAGCUGAUGGAAGAGGAGGGACGCGUGCGGGCAUUAAGAGCGGCCCGUUCGUUGGGCGAGCGCACCGUCACCGAGCUGAUCCUGCAGCACCAGAAUCCCCAGCAGCUCAGCUCCAACCUGUGGGCGGCGGUGAGGACGCGUGGCUGCCAGUUCCUCGGCCCGGCCAUGCAGGAGGAGGUGCUGAAGCUGGUCCUGCUGGCCCUGGAGGAGGGCUCGGCGCUGUCCCGCAAGGUGCUGGUCAUGUUUGUGGUGCAGCGCCUGGAGCCGCAGUUCCCGCAAGCCUCCAAGACGAGCAUCGGCCAUGUGGUGCAGCUGCUCUACCGCGCCAGCUGCUUCAAGGUGUCCAAGCGCGAGGCAGACUCCUCGCUGAUGCAGCUGAAGGAAGAGUUCCGCACCUACGAUGCCCUUAGGAGGGAACACGACGCCCAGAUCGUUCAGAUAGCCACCGAGGCAGGGCUACGGAUCGCGCCCGAGCAAUGGUCUUCCCUCUUGUACGGCGACGUGCUGCAUAAGAGCCACAUGCAGAGCAUCAUCGACAAGCUGCAGACGCCGUCUUCCUUCGCCCAGUCGGUGCAGGAGCUGGUCAUCGCCCUGCAGCGCACCAGCGACCCCGCCAAGCUCUCCAAUCUCCACAAUCAUCUGAAGUACCUGGCCAACAUCGAUCCGUGCGCGGAGGUGGCCCCCUGGCAGGACGUGGCAGAGGCCCUGGAUGCAGUGCGUCACUCCGUCGUGGGCCUAGUUAACUUCCUGCAACAUCAUGGCGUACGCAAGACCCAGGACGCCAUCGGCAGUGCUGGAGCAGCCAUCAGCAAUCCGAAGUACAAGAUCAGCCUCUGCCGGGACCUGAACGUGCGGCGUGUGUGUCCCCGCGGCGCCAGCUGCACCUUCGCCCAUUCGCAGGAGGAAGUGGAGCGCUACCGCGCGAGGAACAGAGGUAAACACAUCAAGACACCUCUGCCAGGACCUCCUCUGAUGGUCGGAGACGAUUGUCAGGUUCUGGGCGUGGCGCCCAUGAUGCCGAUGUCCCCCAUGCACUACAUGGCAUCACCCAGAGGCUACCUCGACCCCAACGCCAACCUGCCAGGCCUCGGACUCUCUCCAGGAGCCACCCAUCCCCCACAGCCACCACAGCUGCUCCAUCACCCCUCCAUUGCCCGCCAGAUGAAUGGUCUGAUGGUGCCCGGGCGCUUCGAUCCGCGCUUCAACUACGGCCCCGGACAGCCGAUCGCACAAUCCAGGAACCCCUCGCCCAGGGAGUACCAGGCCAGUCCUGGCCCCGUCCCCGUCCCAGGGCCCCCACCACCGCAACAGCAACAGCCACAGCAACGCAAUCUAUCCAACCCACCGAGCUUCAAUAGUAACCUCCACAAGGGUUAUAUGCUUCCAGCGGAUGUGUUCCAUCCCACGGCCUAUGGCUAUGGCAGCGAGGAGAAGCUGGGCCAUCCCUGGGAGCAGCAUCCCUACCAGCAGCAGCAGCACCAACAACAGCAACAACCACAGCAGCAGCAGCAGCAGCCGCCGCCGUCCAGCAAGCCGAAUCCCAGCCGACCGUUGUCGAUUUUAGCCGCAACAGCUGAUACCUCAUUUUAUGAAAAGAAACCGCCGAAUAAUGUUAGCAUAGACAUGGACAUGGCCAAGCCCCUAGCUUCCCUAGUUGCUUCUGGUUCUGGGGCUGGCGAAGCCGCAGGCGAUGUCUUAGAUGCCCUGCCUCUCUUCCGACGCACCAAUAACCAGAGCCACAAUCACAAUCACAGCCACAGCCACGGCCAUAGUCAAGGGCAGAACAACUCCUCGCUGCUCUUCUUCGAGCGCUCCGAUUCCAUAUUGAACGAUGAUGGGUCCACAUUCGACAUGCCCACAGGCUCCUCCAUGCACAGUCGCUAUGGUCCGAUCUGUCCCAAAAACUCGGCGGCGAGCAACUGGAACAACUGGAUCAUGGAGAACGACACGAGCAGCGAUCUGGGCUAUGCGGGCUACAAGGCCGAUAGGAAUGAUAAUUUCAACAGCCACAAGUCGUCGCAGAUGUGGGGCAGGAAGCCGCAGCUGCUGUCGGAGGAUAGCUUCGAGGGCGGCAUUGACAGUGGGAUGAUGCUGCAGCUGGAGAAGAAUCUGGUAGACAUUGUGGAUCCCGACGACAGCGGCAUCAAGGUGGACUAAAACCUUAAAACCAUCACACACUCAGCCAGAGGAUAUAUACUACCGAUAUAUCUACCGAUAUGUGCGGGGGUAUAUACGAGUAAUAGUAAUAUGUAUAAUGCAAUCAUUUUACACACAUCGUUAGAGGUUUGUACCGCACGAAGCCAAGUUCAAACUCUGGUAGAAUUGUAGUCGUAAAACAGAACAGAACCCUCCGCGCUCCGAUCCGUUAUUGGAUCGGGGCGGAGCCAAAAGAAGUAGCAGCAACAAGAAAAAAAGAAAAAGAAAAGAAGAAAACAAACUGAGAGAAAAUCGGGUUGGGUAUCCUCUAUUAGAAUCUAUUGUAUAAUUAUGUAAUUGUCUAUUAGUUCAUUGUUCAAAUUGUGAAUCGUCUUCGGCCAGCCGAACUAAAUGUGUUUUUAUCCAGAUGUUCUCGUCUCGUGUUACGUUUUCAAAUUAAUCGCGGGGAUUAGUAGCAAAUGGAAAGGAAAAGCAAAGAAAAGCAACUCAGUCUAGAAUAUUCAAUUUUGAUGUCUAACCUAGAAUAUAGCUAUAAUAUCCAUCACCACUACCCCCCUACACCCCAUAGAGAUUCCGAAGGAAAAGGCUAUAGCCAGAUUUUACAACAAACAAUUUUUACAACCGUCAAUAGCAAUGUGUACACCGUAAUUAAUAUUGAUUUUGAGAUCAAAGUACAACUGAAUUUUAUGUCCAAAAUCCAUAAACUACCCAUCCACCCCCCAAUUAUUUGUGAUCAGAUUUUGAUUGAUUGUAAUGCUAUAUACAUAGAUAUAUACAUCAUACAUAUACUAUAUAUAUAUUUUUUUUAAUUAUUAACUAUUUCAAAUGCUAUUUUUAUAUACAACAAAAAACAAAAUCAGAAGGAAGGAAGGAUCGAAAGUAGAUCCUUUCGCUAUCACACACACACACACACACACACAUACAUACAAACACAAAGAACACACACACAAACACACAUAUGGAGAUGAUCGAUCGAUUUAUGUGUAUGUGUGGAAUGAAUGUUUAUAUUUCUUAAAGAAAUUUUAAUAACGCUAUUGUGCGAUGUUGUUAACUAUUGUACUAUAUAUAUUAUUAUAAAUUUAUUGAAAAUAAAUUAAAAGCAUGUUCCCCCUCCCCCACACCCCACCCCCAUCCCCUCUCUCUUUCACCCACACUUUGUACAGUGCGCGUAGAAGCGAGAGAUAGAGAGAGAGAGAGCUAAAUGUCGAGUCAGGCCAGGGCUAGGCUAAAAUUUGAGAGAACAUUUUACACAAGCACACACACACACCACUCUCCCUGUACUCUAUAUACUGCGAAACAUACAAAAGAAUACACAGAUAUAUAAAAAGAGAUAUAUAUGUAUGUAUAUAUAUACUAUAUAUAGUAUAUAGAAACUAACCAAUUUGCGCGCUCUUAUUAUUAAUAUUAUAUAUUAAUGUCCGUUGAGCCCGAGUUUUGCUUUCGUGACUUUUGAUUUUGUAUGCGAAAUAGCGAGCGAAAGAAAGAGCAAAAGAUUUUUUGUAAUUUGUAUUUGUUAAGCGAUGAUAUCAGGAACCCACAUAUAUAUACAUAUAUAUGUAUACUAUAUACUGCGCUUGAUCCUAGAUGAAUAUAUAACAUAUAUCUAUACACACAAUUAUACAUGUAUUUAUUGUUAGCGAGUUUCAAUGCGAUGCGAUGCGAUGCGAUGCGAUGCGAUACCGUGUGUGGUAGUAGAAUUCAUGUGAAAACUAGUUGCAAUUGAAACAAACAGAUCGAAGCAAUUUUAAAAAAUAUACCUACCUACAUAAAUGUUAAAA